UACACCUGGCUACUUUUUUUAAAAAAUUUUUUUGUAGAGAUAGGGUUUCACUAUAUUGGUCAAGCUGUUCUCGCAAUCCUGGCUGAGCUCCCACCUCAACCUCCCAAAAUGCUGGAAUUACAGGUGUGAGCCAUCAUGCCCAGCCUAAUGUAGUUUGAAUUAAUAUCAAUUUAAUUGCAGUAGUACAGAAAAUAUUUGCUUGUAUAUAGCUCCAUUUCUUUCGCCUUUAUCAUGCCGUUAUUGUCAUACAAAUUACAUUACAUUGUCCAUCUAUAUAGAUUUGCAAUUAUUGCUUUGUGUAGUUAUCUUUUAAAUCAUAUAGAAAAGAAGUUAUAAGUAAAAAAUCAUUUAUACUGUCUUUUGUAUUUACCUGUAGAGCUGAUUUACCGAUGUUCUUUAUUUCUUCAUGUGGGUUGGAUCCACUGUCUAGUGUGCUUUCGUUUAGCUUGAAGGACUCUCUUAAUAUUUCUUGUAGGGUAAAUCUUUCAGUGAUUAACUCUCUGCUUUUGUUUGUCUUAGAAUGUUUUAAAUUUUUUCUCUAUUUAUGAAGAUAGUUUUGGUGUGUCAGGAAUUAUCGAUUGACAGUCUGUUUCUUUCAACACUUUGGAUGUGUUGUCCAGGGCCUCUGGCCUCCUUGGUUUCUGAGACGGUGGCUGCUAAUCGGACAGAGGAUCCCUUGUGCGUAGUUACUUCUCCCUGGCUGCUGUCGAGAUUCUCUUUGACUUUCAGCAGCAGGCAGUUCCGGCCAAGGGGGAGCCGAAGCAGGAUUGCUGCGUGAAGACGGAGCUGCUGCGAGAAGAGAUAUCUAUGGCUGCCGAUGAAGGCUCCGCAGAGAAGCAGGCAGGAGAGGCCCACAUGGCGGCAGAUGGCGAAACCAAUGGAUCAUGUGAGAAAAGCGAUGCCAGCAGUCACCUGAAUGCAGCGAAACACACUCAGGAGAGCAUGAAAGUCAGCCCGCAGGAAGGUACCAACAAACUCACACGAAUAGCAGAAAAUGGGAUUUCGGAAAGAGACACAGAAGUGGGGAAGCAAAACCACGUCACGACUGACGACUUCGUGCAGGCCUCUGUCGUGGGCAGCAACGGAUACUUCCUCGGUAAACCGGGCCUGCAGGCGCAGCCCGUGAGGACUACCAGCGCGCUGGCCUCCUCGCUUCCUGGCCACGCCGCAAAAACUCUUCCUGGAGGGGCUGGUAAAGGCAGGACUCCAAGCGCUUUUCCCCAGACGCCCGCCGCAGCAUCGCCUGUGCUCGGGGAAGGGAGUGUGGACGCAGAGGACAGGAAGCCUCCCGCCCCUGGCGCCGAUGUCAAAGUUCACAGGGCACGCAAGACCAUGCCGAAAUCCAUCAUGGGCCUGCACGCAGCCAGUAAGGACCCGAGAGAAACUCGAGACCACAAGGAACCAAGGGAGGAGAUCAACAAAAGCGUUUCUGACUUCGGACGACAGCCGCUCUUAUCGCCUUUCCCGUCCCUUCAUCAGUCGCUACCUCAGAACCAAUGCUACGUGGCCACCACGAAGUCACAGACAGCUUGCUUGCCUUUUGUUUUAGCAGCUGCAGUAUCUCGGAAGAAAAAACGAAGAAUGGGAACCUAUAGCCUGGUUCCUAAGAAAAAGACCAAAGUGUUAAAACAGAGGACGGUGAUUGAGAUGUUUAAGAGUAUCACUCAUUCCAGUGUGGGUUCCAAGGGCGAGAAGGACCUGGGCGACGGCGCCCUCCACGUGAACGGGGAGAGCCUGGAGAUGGACUCGGACGAGGACGACUCGGAGGAGCUGGAGGAGGACGAGGGGCACGGGGCCGAGCAGGCGGCCGCCUUCCCCACCGAGGACAGCAGGACCUCCAAGGAGAGCAUGUCGGAGACCGACCGUGCCCAGAAGGUGGACGGGGAGUCUGAGGAGGAGCCGGAGUCGGCCGACACUGGGGAGGAAGAGGAAGGCGGUGACGAGUCGGACUUGAGUUCUGAAUCCAGCAUCAAGAAGAAAUUUCUCAAGAGGAAAGGGAAGACCGACAGCCCCUGGGUCAAGCCUGCAAGGAAAAGGAGGCGGAGAAGUAGGAAGAAGCCCAGCAGUGCACUGGGUUCUGAGGCUUAUAAGCCGUCUUCGGGAAGCACAGAGCCCACGGCGCCAGGAGGCAGCACAGGGUAUGUGGAAGUUUCUCUGGACUCCCUGGAUCUGCGCGUCAAAGGGAUCCUGUCCUCGGGAGCCGAAGGGUUGGCCAACGGCCCGGACGCGCUGGAGACGGACGGCCUCCAGGAAGUGCCUCUCUGCAGCUGCCGGAUGGAAACGCCGAAGAGCCGCGAGAUCACCACCCUGGCCAACAACCAGUGCAUGGCUACUGAGAGUGUGGACCAUGAAGCUGUGCAGAAGGCAGCGGCAUCCUCCGGGGUUCUUAACCCGCCCCCAGCACUGGCAGAAGGCGUGUGCUCAGGAACUCCAGCCAGCCUCGCAAGGCUCCCUGCUCCCUCGCUGGGCCGGUGUACCAACAGCGUGGUCAAGUAUGAGAUGAUGCGCCCGUCCAACAAGGCACCCCUCCUGGUGCUGUGUGAAGACCACCGGGGCCGCAUGGUGAAGCACCAGUGCUGUCCCGGCUGCGGCUACUUCUGCACAGCGGGUAAUUUCAUGGAGUGUCAACCUGAGAGCAGCAUCUCUCACCGUUUCCACAAAGACUGUGCCUCUCGAGUCAACGAUGCCAGCUACUGCCCCCACUGUGGGGAGGAGACCUCCAAGGCCAGAGAGGUGACCAUAGCGAAGGCGGACACGACCUCCACAGUGACGCCGGUGCCCGGGCAGGACAAAGGCUCGGCCCUGGAGGGCAGGGCUGACACCACCACGGGCAGCGCGGCUGGGCCACUGCUGGACGACAAGCCGCACAGCGCAGGCCCCCCGGCGCCUGAGGGCUUUGAUCCGUCGGGACCCGCUGGGCUCAUCCGGCCGACUCCGGGACUUUCCCAGGGACCAGGGAAGGAGACCUUGGAAAGUGCUCUGAUUGCCUUGGACUCGGAAAAGCCCAAGAAGCUUCGCUUCCACCCAAAGCAGCUGUACUUCUCGGCCCGGCAGGGGGAGCUGCAGAAGGUGCUGCUCAUGCUGGUUGAUGGGAUCGACCCCAACUUCAAAAUGGAGCACCAGAGCAAGCGCUCACCCCUGCACGCCGCGGCGGAAGCCGGCCACGUGGACAUCUGCCACAUGCUGGUGCAGGCGGGCGCUAAUAUCGACACCUGCUCGGAGGACCAGAGGACCCCGUUGAUGGAGGCAGCAGAGAACAACCACCUGGACGCAGUGAAGUACCUCAUCAAGGCUGGGGCGCAGGUGGACCCUAAGGAUGCAGAAGGCUCCACGUGUUUGCACCUGGCGGCCAAGAAAGGCCACUAUGACGUGGUUCAGUAUCUGCUUUCGAACGGACAGAUGGACGUCAACUGCCAGGAUGAUGGAGGCUGGACGCCCAUGAUCUGGGCCACUGAGUACAAGCACGUGGACCUCGUGAAGCUGCUGCUGUCCAAGGGCUCGGACAUCAACAUCCGGGACAACGAGGAGAACAUCUGCCUGCACUGGGCCGCGUUCUCCGGCUGCGUGGACAUCGCCGAGAUCCUGCUGGCAGCCAAGUGUGACCUCCACGCCGUGAACAUCCACGGAGACUCGCCGCUGCACAUCGCCGCUCGAGAGAACCGCUACGACUGUGUCGUCCUCUUUCUUUCUCGGGAUUCAGAUGUCACCUUAAAAAACAAGGAGGGAGAGACGCCCCUGCAGUGUGCGAGCCUCAACUCCCAGGUGUGGGGGGCCCUGCAGAUGAGCAAGGCGCUCCGGGACUCGGCCCCCGACAAGCCCGUCCCCGUGGAGAAGACGGUGAGCAGAGACAUUGCCCGCGGCUACGAACGCAUCCCCAUCCCGUGCGUCAACGCGGUGGACGGGGAGCCGUGCCCCAGCAACUACAAGUACGUGUCGCAGAGCUGCGUGACGUCGCCCAUGAACAUCGACAGGAACAUCACCCACCUGCAGUACUGCGUGUGCAUUGACGACUGCUCCUCCAGCAACUGCAUGUGUGGCCAGCUCAGCAUGCGCUGCUGGUAUGAUAAGGACGGCCGGCUGCUGCCCGAGUUCAACAUGGCGGAGCCCCCCUUGAUCUUCGAGUGCAACCACGCCUGCUCCUGCUGGAGGAACUGCCGCAACCGUGUCGUGCAGAACGGGCUCAGGGCAAGGCUGCAGCUCUACCGGACGCGGGACAUGGGCUGGGGCGUGCGGUCCCUGCAGGACAUCCCACUGGGCACCUUUGUCUGCGAGUACGUGGGGGAGCUCAUCUCCGACUCAGAAGCCGACGUCCGGGAGGAAGACUCUUACCUAUUUGAUCUUGACAACAAGGACGGCGAGGUGUACUGCAUCGAUGCGCGCUUCUACGGCAACGUGAGCCGCUUCAUCAACCACCACUGCGAGCCCAACCUGGUGCCCGUGCGCGUGUUCAUGUCCCACCAGGACCUACGCUUCCCCAGGAUCGCCUUCUUCAGCACGCGCCUUAUCGAGGCCGGGGAGCAGCUGGGGUUCGACUAUGGGGAGCGCUUCUGGGACAUCAAGGGCAAGCUCUUCAGCUGCCGCUGCGGCUCCCCCAAGUGCCGGCACUCAAGCGCGGCCCUGGCCCAGCGGCAGGCCAGCGCGGCCCAGGAGGCGCAGGAGAACGGCCUGCCGGACACCAGCUCCGCCGCUGCCGCCGACCCUCUAUGAGACGCCGGGGCGGCGGGGUGCUCAGGACCAGACGCUGCCGGCAUCGCGGUUUGGAGAGGAGGAGAGAUUCUGCACCUGGCGCCGGAGGUCCUGGUUAGGGGCUGUGCCGCUGGUUCCUGGAGGGCUCAGGGGUGAGGCGGCAAGUCCCAGGCGCAGCGGCCUGCGGCGGGUGUGGACACCUCCCAGCAGCCUCCCACACCUGAGGCCUCACACCUGGGCCAGUGUUCAGCCUGGACGGACGCCUGGGACUGCCGUGCGCCUCGGAAGGCGCUGGGAUUCCACGUCGGCGUGACCUUGUGAGUCUCUGAUGGUGGCUUUGUUGUUGCAGAGUUCCUUGUUCCUCCCUCUGGUCUCUGAGGUCCCUGCUCCGCCACCGGCUGGCUCGUUCCCCGUCUGGACCAGACUGUUCUGCGUGGCGCCUGCCAAAGCCGCCGUCACCGCAAGCUGCUCCGUUAGGCCACCUGCCCACACCGCGCGGCGGGUGCCGUUCCUGGACACCGCGCAGAGGUCGCCCUCUGCCGCCACCGCCUUGGGGAGGUCAGGGGCCGAGCCCACCGCUAACUCUGGAGAAAAUGUGGGUUUGCGUUUUACAGGAACCCUAUAUCUAGUCCUAUAUAUCAAACCUCUAACUGACGUUUCUUUUCAAGGAAGUGGUUUGGUGGGUGCCGGCGGGUGCCGCACCAGCCCGCGCCAGUUCCCUCGACGCUGGCACCUUCUGUUGAUUUUUUUAAGCCACAUGCUAUGAUGACGCAUAAACUGAUUUAUUUUCUACCAUUACUGAACAUUAGGACAAACAAAAAAUAAAAAAACACAAAACACAGACAACGGUGCUGAUUCUGGUGUGGUUUCUACUCACCACGUGAAUAUAAACUGUCAACUGUAUAAAGAGAACAAAGUGAUUUUAGAAUAAAACGCAGGAAAAAACUUUUUUUAAAAUAUUAGUCUUGUAGUGUGAAUAAAUUUGCCAUCACCUUUUGUGUGGUGGCCAGGCAGGUCAUACUCUUUUUUUUGGCAUAUACCUUUUUAAAUACUGUAACUAGUGCAGUGACAGUGGGUUUUUUUGUGCGACUCUUCUAAAACAUUCAUAAUGCAGCCAUGUUUAUUUUUUUCUGUUAAGAUGUUUUGACGGUUUUAAGAGCAAUCUUUUGGCUCCGACCAUUUCUUGUUCUGUUUUCAAUGAAAUCAAUAAAAAAAAAGAAGUACUUUA